CAAUUUAUAAGUACGCAGAACUGAGCUUCCUGUUUAUGAUUUCGAUUUUAUUUGUUUGUUAUUUUAAUUCAUUUUUUCUUCAUGGGGUUUCCAGUUGUUUACAGUGAAGUUUUCUUCUUACCAAAAAUCUUUCUUCACGCCCUUUCAUUUCUGGGUUUUAUCCGGUAUUUAAUCGUUUCACUUUUCAACUACCUCGGACUCUCCGAUUUCAUCGAAACGGACACCUUAUGGCCGGAAAACCCGACCCGAACGACGCUCGAGAAGCCUCGGGUAUCCGCUCUCCUGAUCAGGGAAAUCCUUCCGGUUAUCAAGUACGAGGAGCUUGUGGUGGUGAAAGGGGAUCCGCCGGAUAGUUGCGCCGUUUGCCUGUACGAGUUCGAAAAAGGGGAAGAGAUCAGGUGGUUGAGGACCUGUCGUCACGUUUUCCACUGGGCGUGUUUGGAUCGUUGGAUGGACCAUGAUCAGGUAACGUGUCCGCUUUGUAGGACACCGUUUGUGCCGGAGGAGUUGCAGGAGGAGUUUAAUCAACGGCACUGGGCAGCUUCCGGGAUCGCCGAUUCUUACAGUGACUACAGUUGGGUCCCGGGAUUGUAAAUUGUUUGUCUUUGUCAAAAGGCCGGAUUUUUUUCCCUAAUGGGUUUAGUGAAAAUUGUACAUUGUAAAUGUAAACGGAUCAAGGUUUUCGUUUUUCAGGCUG